CUCAUAUUACAACAAACGAUAUUUUCUUGUGCACUGAAAGCAAUUUGCACGAAGUUUUCAUAGCAGCGGCGCAUUUCAAUUUUAUUUUCGAUCGAAUAAGUCUUGCGUUGAUUUCAUUCUAUUACAGUGAAAAUGAGUUUGUUGACGGUUAGUUCUCUCUGUGGUUUUGAUUUGAAAACGGGUGGAAUAUUUCUUGGAAUUUUUGAAUUAUUUACAACUCUGGUAUGGUUGUUAAAAGACAUUCGCGAUCCAAUUUCAAUUGACUAUGCAAUUGAUGUUUUAUCACUCCUGACCACGAUCUCCUGGUUGUAUGGAAUUCAGCAGCAAAACACCAAAGCAAUGCUGUUUAAUAUUAUUUGGUCUGCAACCAAUUGCAUCUUCUUCGUUGUUGUACUUAUUUUCGCAUCACUUGGGGUAAUAUUUCUUAAAGACAUACACGCUGCGCUUAUUAGAAGAGCAGAUUUUCUAAGUUCUCCCUAUGGAGAUAAUAUCGAUCAGGAUAAAUUAUACGAAAUUAUGGAUUUGACUAUAGCCACCAUUUGGAUGAUCGCCUUACUCAUUUUUGUGAUUCAGUGGUAUUUCCUUGCUGUCAAAUAUUCACUUUAUAAACUAACGAAGAAAAAUAAUUUCAAACCAAUUACUGAUAAAUGUCCAAUCUGAAUUCGGUGCUAUUAAACUACGCACAACGAACCGAAAAUGAUGUCUUCAUCAUUUAUUAGUUAUUAAUUGAAAAUCUCUGUUUAUCCCUUAGGAAUUACUUAAUAUUCUUUUCAAAAUUAGUUCAUAAACUCUUUCAACAAAUAAAUAGACUCAAUUUAUAAUAUCAAACAUUUAUAUGAACGAAUAAACAGAAUUAGUCUCAGCUCUUCAA